UGGGUGCGGGGGCUGAAGGAAGAAGAAGAGGAGAUUAGCGGAAGACGUGUAACGAAUCUCUGAAUCAAAUAAUCGUCAUGUACUGUACGUUACGAUUGCCGUUGCCUCUUCACAUUCCCCGAACUCGAACAACGUCGUCCAGUAAGCCGAAACGACGGCGUGUGGAGGAGCACUACUUGCGGUGCCGCUGUGCUCAGUCAUCAGAGGAAGAAGGCACCGAUGAUAAGAGUUUAAGUGUUAGAGUUGAAGGAGUAGUUUCGAUUGUGGUGGAGAGAUACGGGAAUGGAACUUCGAAAAGAUAUUUGCUAGAUGAUGAUGAUGAUGACUCGCCUUUGCAAGGCUUUCUAGAGGAGCGUGAGCCUAAGCCUGAUACUAAUUCAAAUUCCUCAGAAACGAAUACGGUUUGGGUUCCUGAUGUCGUCAAGGAUUUUGUUUUUCCCACCGGCUUUCCUGGGUCUGUUUCAGAUGAUUACUUGGACUACAUGCUCUGGCAGUUCCCUACCAAUGUUACCGGCUGGAUGUGUAAUGUCUUAGUCACCUCUAGUCUUCUCAAGGCUGUUGGCGUUGGCUCUUUCUCUGGAUCUUCUCCUGCCGCUACUGCUGCUGCUUCUGCUGCUGCCAUCAGAUGGGUAUCCAAGGAUGGCAUUGGAGCUCUUGGCCGUCUUCUUAUUGGUGGACGCUUUGGUAGUCUUUUUGACGAUGAUCCUAAGCAAUGGCGCAUGUAUGCUGAUUUUAUUGGCAGUGCUGGAAGUUUCUUUGAUCUGGCCACACAACUAUACCCAACCCAGUUCCUACUUUUAGCAUCCACUGGAAAUCUUGCCAAGGCCGUGGCUAGAGGAUUGAGAGACCCUUCAUUCAGGGUCAUACAGAAUCAUUUUGCUAUCUCAGGAAAUCUUGGAGAGGUAGCAGCCAAGGAGGAAGUGUGGGAAGUUGGUGCCCAGCUAAUUGGUCUUGGUCUAGGCAUUCUUAUCAUUGACACACCCGGCCUUGUAAAGUCAUUUCCCUUUGUGUCACUUACAUGGACGAGCAUAAGACUUGUUCAUCUAUGGCUACGUUACCAGUCGCUUGCAGUCCUACGGUUUGACACAAUAAAUCUUAAGCGUGCUCGUAUCCUAAUACAGUCUCAUGUUAUGCACUCUGUUGUACCAGGGUAUGUUGAGUGCAACAAGCGAGAAAACAUUUUGGUAUGGCAGAGAUUCAUGAAACCUCGGAUCAUCUUUGGUGUUUCUCUUGAAGAAGUAUCUGGUUUGGAGAAGUCUGUUUUUAAGGUUAAAGCACUCCUUAAGAUAUACACAAAGGAGAAAUAUAUUCUUACGUUGAAUAAGUUGAACAAGGAUACCGAGUUUUCUGUAUCCUUUAAGGUGAAUGCGACAAGCAGAGACGUGUUGAGAUGUCUUUGGCAAGCAUAUUGGUUAUACGAGAACAUGGAAGAAAGCUUGAAAAACAAGGAUAGUGUGUUCCAUUGGCUGAAGCAAAGCUUGUCGGAGAUGGAGAACAAGUUUGAUGAUUUCUUGUUCAAAUUGGAUACUGCCGGAUGGAACUUAGGUGAAUCUAACUUGAAGAUUCCCAACCACAUCCUCAUCGACUUGGAGUCCAUCCCUCUCUGACAUUCGAUUUUUUUUCCAAGGAGCAAUCAAUCUCUUGAACAAAAGAAACUGAUACUGAGGUAAAUAAUACUACCAAACACUGUCAAUUCGAACGUGGAGUAAUUUUUGUUACUAUACCUUAGGCGUCAAUUGAAUGUAGAUGAAUAUCAAAGUUUGGUACAACUAACAGUUAGGAUAUAUCAGGAAUUGUAUGGCAACUUGUAAGACAUGAUCCAUAUAGAUUAAGAGUAAAAUAGUAUAAUAUCUUAAAAUAAGUUAGUGUGGAUAGUGGGACAAAUGGUGAGGUUUGUGACCAAUGAUAGAGUAUGAUUGUGAUUAUGCCUUGUUUUGUUUGUACUUGAAUCGUCACCCCCUUUGUUUAUUUUUGUUAUAAUUUA